AUGCUUCAAGAAUGCAAAUCAGAAUUGGCAUCAUGCAAAGCCAAACUCAUAUCCUUGAGCAUAAAGGACAUGUCUAAACUAUUACCCAUGUGUAAGACUAGUACAAGUAAGAACGAGAUUUUCAUUUUGAAUGACAUGAUUGAAAAAUCUGACUUUGAUGAAGAGAAGGAGAGGGACAACACUAAGACCAGUUUGAGACUGUUAAGAAAUGAUGUACAGAGAUACAUCAAGGAGUUGAAAGGGUUCACUAACAGUCACGAGUAUUAUUAAAAAAUUGAAAGCAUGGCAAAAAAUAUUACCAACGAAAUAACAGAGUACAAAACAAAAAUGUCAUAUUAAUUUGAUGAUUUAGCAUAGCAGGAAGAGGCAUUGACUGAUGAAUUGAAAAUGCUUGAACAGAAAAUGGACAAUUAUGAUGUUGUUCAGAAGUAACCAGUUAUAAAAAGAAAGCCUAUGCAAAAUAAUGAAGAGACUAUAAGUGAAUUGGGAUUGAUCAAAUAAAAAGUGGAUUUGAUAGAUGAAAAAAUAGAUUAAAUCAAACUCUUAGAACCAGAAGAUCACAGAGAGUUCUUGAGAGUAAGAACCAAACAUAAAGGCAAAGUAUCACAGAAUUUUGUCAAUGAUUGUCUCAAGGCUAUUCCAUUUAUCACUGAGGAUCAAUUGAUGGAACAAAUUGAAAACUACAAUCUAUUGCAAUAAUUUGAAGAUGAAAAGAAGGAACUACUUACGGAGUACAAAAGAAAAAAGGAGGAGAACAAGUAAAUUCAGUUGCAAUAAGAAUAACAAUAAUAAGAAAUAGAAAGAUAAAAAUAAGUCAAAAAACCACUGGUUCCAAAGGAGGAGAGAGAUAAAUUGAAAGAAGAUAUAAAACAAUGGAAGAUUAAGAAGGUUACAUAGAAAGCAAUCGAUGAAAUUGAGUAUGAUACAAAAAAAGAUAUUGAGAAAUAGAAAUCUGAAAUGUUGAAGAAGGAAAGAGAAGAAAAGAAACUACAAGUCUAAUAUUAUAGGGAAUAGAAAUUAAUUGAAAAAUAAAGAGAAUAAGAAUUAAAAUAAGUAGAAACAAUGUCUAGAAGAUAUGUUAGUUAAGAAGCAAUAGAGAGAAUAAAAAUGAAAGAAAAUUAAUUACUUGAAAAAAAGAAGAGUAUUCUUGAAUAGAAAUAAAAGAAACAAUUUGAUUAGGAGAUCAAAUAAUAAGCAAGGGAUGAAGAUAAGUAUAUUAAAUUUGCUUAUGUUGAAUCAAAAUUUAAUGAGACAACAAAAGCAGCAGAAUAAUAAAAGAGAUAAAAAUUUGAUCCAAAAAUUGAUCAAGGAAAAUAUGCAGAUACUUUUGGAGGUAAUUUAUUAGGAGCUGGUAGAAGAGCCAUUCCUGGUUGGAGAUAAAAUUUAGGUUGA